AUGGCCGGCGUUCUUACCCGGGUCUGGGCUCGGACGCGGCCCUCGGGGACAGCCGGCGCUGGAGAAAGGAAGGGAGACACCAGUGAGAGGAAUGGUCGUCUCCCUCCUGGGGUCGAUGGAGCCCGUGUCGUCGGCUUUGCCUCCUGUCUGAAACUACUAACUUCUCCAGCAAACGGGGCCCUCGCGCCCCUGCUGAAGCCCGAGUCGUCGGGCCCCGCGCCGGGACUGACGACGAGCACGGGUUUCCGAACCCCUUCUUCAGAAAUGCCCAUGCCCGGAACGGCCACCUUGCCGAUCCGUCACGCUGCCCGUGGCUUCCCGUCUGCCGUGACAGCCCAGCGGAAGAUGGCCAUCGCCAAAGAUUGCUCCACGUACCCGACGCUGCGGAGCCAAUCCCGCCCCGCCUUCCGCAGAACCCCCAUUCUCCCCCGCCGCCCACUGCCCCCCUCUUGGAUCCGACUUUUCACCAACGGCCCCACAGAUGGCACGUUCGUCUGUGACCCUGUGAGUCUUGGUGCCCGCUCGAGCGUGUUCCUCUUCUCCGGUGUGGAUUCUCACACGGGUGUCAGCCGUGAGACCCGAAAUGAACCGUUGACGGGCCACUUGAUUUCCAUCUCCAUCUACAGCCCCAAGGAGAACCCCAACGCCUUCAACACGGCCGCGUUCUUCCAGUCGGUGGGGAAUUUCCUGGGCAUCUUUGCCGGCUCGUUCGCCAUGGGCUCUGCCUACGCCGUGGUCACGGCCCUGUUGACCAAGUUUACCAAGCUGUGUGAGUUCCCCAUGCUGGAAACGGGCCUGUUCUUCCUCCUCUCCUGGAGCGCCUUCCUGUCGGCGGAAGCCGCCGGCCUGACAGGGAUCGUGGCGGUCCUCUUCUGUGGGGUGACACAGGCGCAUUACACCUACAACAACCUCUCGCCCGAUUCCAAAGGGAGGACCAAGCAGCUGUUCGAGUUUAUGAACUUCCUGGCUGAGAACGUCAUCUUCUGCUACAUGGGCCUGGCGCUGUUCACCUUCCAGAACCACACCUUCAACGCGCUCUUCAUCCUCGGGGCCUUCAUCGCCAUCUUUGUGGCCCGGGCCUGCAACAUUUACCCCCUCUCCUUCCUCCUGAACCUGGGCCGGAAGGAGAAGAUCCCACGGAACUUUCAGCACAUGAUGGUGUUCUCAGGUCUGCGGGGGGCCAUCGCGUUCGCCCUGGCCAUCCGGAACACCGAGUCGCAGCCCAAGCAGAUGAUGUUCAGCACGGCCCUGCUGCUGGUGUUCUUCACCGUCUGGGUGUUUGGGGGAGGGACCACCCCGAUGCUGACCUGGCUACAGAUCAGAGUCGGUGUGGACCUGGAAGAGAACCGGAAGCCGGAGGAGCCCGCCUCGCCCCAGGAAGCAAACAGCGUGGAGAAAAACACCACGAGAGCCGAGAGCGCGUUGCUGUUCAGGAUGUGGUAUGGCUUUGACCACAAGUAUCCUUUGGUAACGGUGACCCCCGCAAACGCUGCUGCAUGGUAGAGAAUUGCCCUUGACCCUGAAGGUAGGCGCUCUGGGCUCCUCAAGA